AUGGACGACGACGCGCCUUCCGUCACGGCGCGCCCUGAGCACGACCUCAUCAAGCCCGAACGGUACGACUCGGAAGACACACGAAUGGCUGACGCGAAGCCAACAUACAAGUCGUGGAAGAAGAAGUAUCGCAAGAUGCGCAUCACGUUCGACCAGAAGAUGCAUGAUGGCGAGGAACUGCACAAGCAGGAGCAGAAGGCACUUGCCAUGGCGAAGCGGAUCGCAAUUGAAAACGACCGUCUGCUCGACCUGCUCUUGGAGCUCAACGAGUCGCACCAGAUCCCCCUAGAGAAGCGACUCGACAUCGCUCUCACGCCCCCAGCCGACGAUGACAAUCUCGAUCGCGACCUCCCGAAGCCCACCAAGUCUCUCGAUCAGGUGCUCCAAGACGUACCACACACAUCCUAUGCCCAGGCGAAGGAGCGCUUCCCGACCGUCGUCGCCGACAUGGAGCCUUUUGCCGGCGAAGCGAAUCCGCCUUCAUUCCUCAACCCUGAUGAUAUCGAUGAAUAUCUCUGGGACCUUGACAGGCGCAUCGACGACAGCGACAUGCUGCCCACGCUGGCGCCUUCUGCCCGUCCCAACACCCUCACGAACACCAACAGCAGCAGCCAAAACAUAGCCCUCCGCAACCCUACCAGUGUCUACAACUGGCUUCGCAAGAACGCCCCCAAGACGUUCCUCCAGGAUGCCGAGCAGGCAGCUCCGGCGGCGGACAAGGACGACGCGCACCAUGACGAAGCACCGGCCACUGAUGUUAAGCGCAAGAGGAAAUCGGGAAUCGGGGCCAGUGCCGCCAAGUCGGAGCGCGGCGGCGGACGCGGGUCUCGGGGCGGCAAACGACGGAGCGGCAUCGACCGGCUCAGCGUGUCACAGUCUCACAAAGAGGCCGGCGACGAGCCCCAGAGCGGCACCCGCGAAGCCUUCGCCGACAAGGAUGGCGACCUUUUCAACCUCUCGUCCACCAGGGGUCCCGCCAAGCGCAAGCGUGACGAGGACGUCAGCUAUCGGCCCAAGGGCGGCUCGAGCGGCCGCCCCAGCAAAAAGAAGCGCAAGAGCGGCGGCGAAGGGGACAUGGAGACGCCUUCUGGCAAGCCUCGGCGCGGCGGUAAGGGCCGGACGCCCACGGGCUCGCGAGGCCGGUCCCUGGCGGAAGACGCGCAUGAUGACUGA